AUAUCUAACUUUGGUAGUCAAAGGUGGCCAUCCAGUUUAGAUCUUAAUAGUCAGCCCUCACGUGUCAUUUUGCUUCUUUCCUCGUUUUUGUUUUUUGGUAGCCUGGACCAGAAUACCAGCACGCCCUCUUACCAAAUACCAACUCCAUUGCUUCUUCUAUUCUCCCAUCUUCAGAUCCUCAAAUACCACCUAUCCUCAUCCCAACCCCCCAUGCACCAUGAUCACAAUCCUCUUCCAGUACUCUUUCUUUCCAACAAUCUCACCACCACUAGUCCUAGCUAGUCCUUCAACAUGUCCCCUCUGCUACUACAACUAUUCCUCUUUUCUCUCCUCUUCAUCCUCCAUUGCACUUCAGCCAUGGACUCUCUAUUCCAAGGCCAAUCCCUCAAAGACGGCCAGACUCUCAUCUCUUCCGGCCAAGUCUUUGAGCUCGGUUUCUUUAGUUCUGGCAAUCCUUUUCACCGAUACGUCGGCAUAUGGUAUUAUAACUUAUCCGUUCAAACUGUUGUCUGGGUUGCCAACCGUGAUAAUCCGGUGACAAACACCACCGGAAUUCUCAUCAUGGCCACAAACGGAAACCUUCAGGUUAUCAAUGGAAGUGGUGCCAUCAUAUGGUCCACUAACAUCUUCACAUCAUCAAACAGUUCCACAGCGAAGCUCAAUGAUUAUGGCAACCUUAUCUUGGAGACAACUGACGAUAAAACAAUGUUAUGGCAGAGUUUUGAUCAUCCUUCUGAUACAUUUUUACCGGGAAUGAAGCUUAGUUUGAAUAUAAAAACUGGGGAUAACCAGCUGUUCACUUCAUGGAAGAGUCUUACUGAUCCAAGUAAAGGGAACUAUUCUCUUGGCAUGGAUCCCUCAGGUUCAGCUCAGAUCUUCAUCUGGGAAGGGAAUUUGCCGAGGUGGAGAUCCGGCCAAUGGGAUGGGGGGACAUUUAUUGGUACUAAGAUGAGGGCUCUCAAUAUUUAUGGAUUCUCUCUAACAAAUGAUCAGCAAGAAGGGAUGAUGUACUUCACCUUUGCACCGGCUAACAGCUCUCUUCUGAAGUUUGCCUUGCAGUAUGAUGGAGUGGAGAACACCUCAAUUCUAGUGCCACAGACUAAACAGUGGAGCUCUGUGUGGGUGCAACCUGUGAACGAGUGUGAGAUUUAUGGGCACUGUGGGAUCAAUGGUAUGUGCAGCUUGGUUGGAGAUUCUUCUUCUCCUGCAUGUAGUUGCUUGCAAGGCUUUCAACCGAAGUUCCCCAGUGAAUGGAAUAAUGGUAACUGGUCAGCAGGUUGUGUGAGAACAACUCAGUUGGAGUGUGAGAUAUUGCUGAACAGCAGCAGUACUAGUAGUAAUAACAACAGUGAAUCAAAAGGGAAGACUGAUGGUUUUGUUCAGAUUGAAAGAUUGAAGCUGCCUGACUUCUCUGAAUGGGUUAACACUGAUGGAUGUGAGAGUUACUGUAUGAGUAAUUGUUCUUGCAAGGCUUAUGCAUAUGUUACAUCCAUUGGUUGCUUGGUUUGGAGCAGAGAUCUCAUUGACAUCUACCAGUUCUCAGAUGGUGGCCAGAACCUGUUCAUCAAAGUUGGUGGUCUUGAUCUAGAUGGGAGCAGCAAGAUAUGGAUAACAAUUGUAGUGGUAUCAGUUAUUGGAGUGGCCAUUUUGCUACUUGUCAUAUCCAUGUGGUGGAGGUGGAGGUUCAAUACAAAGAUCAAAGAAUGGUGGAAGAAAGAUGGAAGGCAAGAAAACAUAUCUUCCAGUUUGCAGCUUAGCACAGAUGCCAGAUCAGGAUUCUCAGGAGUGCUUGAGCAACAAGAAGAAGGACAAGAGGGAGAAGAUGUUCAACUACCAGUAUAUACUGUUGAUUUUAUAGCUUCUGUUACUGAUAACUUUGAUGAAUCAAAUAAACUCGGAGAAGGAGGGUUUGGCAUUGUUUACAAGGGAGUGCUGCCUGGAGGAGAAAUAGUGGCUAUCAAGAGAUUAUCCAGGAGUUCUGGGCAAGGCCUGGAGCAGUUCAAGAAUGAAGUUAUACUGAUUGCUAAACUGCAACAUAGAAAUCUGGUUAGAUUACUUGGUUGUUGCAUUCAAGGAGAAGAAAAGAUGCUUAUUUAUGAGUUCAUGCCCAACAAAAGUUUGGAUGCUUUCCUCUUCGAUCCAAGGAAGAAAGAGAUGUUAGGUUGGAGUAAACGGUUUGAAAUCAUCAAAGGAAUUGCUCGAGGACUUCUUUAUCUUCACCGUGACUCGAGACUUCGCAUAGUUCAUCGUGAUCUUAAAGCUAGCAACAUCUUAUUGGAUGAAGAGAUGAACCCCAAAAUCUCAGACUUUGGUAUGGCUAGAAUUUUUGGUGGUGAUCAGAACGAGGCAAACACAAACAGGCUGGUUGGAACAUAUGGAUACAUGUCUCCAGAGUAUGCAAUGGAAGGUCUUUUCUCAGUGAAGUCUGAUGUUUAUAGCUUUGGGGUAUUGAUGUUGGAGAUUAUAACAGGCAGGAGGAACAACAGCUUUUACCAUUUGGAGGACUCUCCGAAUAUCAUUGGAUACGUAUGGCCACUAUGGAAUGAAGACAGAGUAAUGGAGUUGAUUGAUGAGAAUAUGCAAAAAACUUGCUCUGCCCAACAGGUGUCAAGAUGCGUGCACAUUGGUUUGCUAUGUGUUCAGGAUCGUGUCAAUGACAGACCGGACAUGUCUGCGGUUGUGCUGAUGUUAGAGAGCGGAGGUGCAAUUCUUCAAACACCCAAGCAACCAACUUUUGUUUCAGAGAGAGGUCCUAUUGAAACAGGGCCAUUUUCUGUAAAUGAUUUGACUAUUUCAAUAUUUUCAGCAAGGUCAAUCAUGAACAACAGCAGGCUGCUGCUUCUUCUUGCCAUCCUGUUCCUGUUCAUUAGUAGCAAUAUAACAUCAUCUUCAGAUGCAGUAGUAAGUGACACUCUACGACCAAACCAGACCCUGAGGGAUGGGCAAUCACUGGUGUCAGCUAACCAGAGCUUCGAGUUGGGUUUCUUCAGUCCCCAGGGCAGCACAAACCGCUAUGUGGGGAUAUGGUACCACAACAUCUCGGUACAAACUGUGGUUUGGGUUGGCAACCGAGAUAGACCAGUGGCAGAUGCCAGUGGCGUUAUCUCAUUUGACAGCUAUGGAAAUUUAAGGAUUGUGGAUGCAAGAGGAAGCUCAUUUGUUUUCACAUAUGGUUUUAGUAGUACUGAAAGUACCGCAGCCAAGCUCUUGGACAAUGGCAAUCUUGUUCUUAUGGAUGCAAAUAACUCAUCUCAAAUUCUUUAUGAGAGUUUCGACUAUCCUACUGACAGUUUCCUCCCUGGGAUGAAGCUGGGUCUAGUCCGCGGGCAAAAUCGACUCCUUACUUCAUGGAGAAACUCCGGCGACCCAGCCACCGGAGAUUUUCUCUUUGGAGUAAACCCAAAUAGUAGCGGUCAUCAGCAGAUGUACAUCUGGCAAAAGAACACAAUUUAUUGGGACAGCGGACCUUGGAACGGGCAAAUAUUCAGCCUGAGACCAGAGAUGUUCAGUCUUAAUUCGUCCGAGUACAUGCAUGUCUUAAGUCCUGAGGAUGACUACCUUACUUACUCAACCAAGAACACAUCUAUCAUUCCCAGGUAUGCCAUGAAUUUUUCAGGCCGAAUUCAACUGCAGCUAUGGUCGGAAGCAGCACAAGAAUGGUUGAUCUUAUGGUCUCAGCCAAGACCCCAGUGUGAUGUUUAUAAUCUGUGUGGGGAUAAUGGUGUCUGUGACGAGGAAAGUGUGCCUGACGGUCAGUGUAGUUGUUUGAGGGGCUUCGCACCGGCAUUGGAGUCACUGGCAGAUUGGAACAUUAGUGUUACUAAACCUGGUUGUCUUGUGAGAAAAUCUAGUUUACAGUGCAGUAGGACAGGGGACAAAAAUGGCUAUCUCACGAUGCCUAACACCAUAAAGGAUCGGUUUCUUUGGAUUGAUGUAAACCUCCCUGCUGAUCCGCAAUAUUUGAAUGUUAGCAGUGCUGCAGAGUGUCAAUCCUCAUGCUUGAGUAACUGCAAUUGUACAGCAUACGCAUUCACCAAUAUGUGUCAACUCUGGUAUGGAAAUCUCAAAGAUUUGAAGAAAGUGAAUGGAGCAGCUGCUGGUCUUUAUCUGCGUCUCGCUCCUUCAGAAUUUCCCGAUGAAAAUAGGAAUUGGAUAUGGGUGGCUGCAACUGCGACUGUUCUUGGAUUGAUUCUUUGCAUGACCUACAUGUGUUACCGGUGGAGGAGAAAAGACAGAGAAAGGAGAAAACUGUAUCAAGAGCAGAUCCUGUUGGCAUCCAUCAGAAGAAAUCUUGAUGAAGCUGGUGAGAGGGGUCCAUCCUUCACAUCGUUUAGUUUUUCUAGAGUAGCAGAUGCCACUGAAAAUUUCUCGUCUGCCAAUAAGCUAGGCGAGGGUGGAUUUGGACCUGUCUACAAGGGCCAGUUACCAGGGGGGCUGGAGAUCGCUGUCAAGAGACUCUCCAAGAGCUCAGGACAAGGAUUGGAGGAGUUUAAAAAUGAAAUUAUGCUUAUAGCCAAGCUUCAACACCGAAACCUGGUUAGGCUUCUGGGUUGCUGCAUUCAAGCAGGAGAGAGGAUACUGAUCUAUGAAUACAUGCCCAAUAAAAGCCUAGAUUAUUUCCUUUUUGAACCAACUCGAGGUGUAGUGCUAGACUGGACCAGGCGCUUCAACAUCAUUGAAGGAAUAGCUCAUGGUCUUCUGUAUCUUCACAAGCACUCCAGAUUGAUAAUCAUCCAUAGAGAUCUCAAGGCAAGCAACAUUCUCUUGGAUGAUGAGUGGUGCCCAAAGAUUUCUGAUUUUGGCCUUGCCAGAAUUUUCAGCUCAAAUGAAAUGCAAGCCAACACUAUAAGGGUUGUAGGUACAUUUGGCUAUAUGUCUCCGGAGUAUGCUUCUGAAGGACUUUACUCAAUUAAGUCUGAUGUGUUUAGCUUCGGAGUCCUGCUUUUGGAGAUUGUGAGUGGAAAAAGGAAUGCUGGCUUUCAUCGGUACGGCAACUCUUUCAACCUACUAGGAUAUGCAUGGGAGUUGUGGAUUGAAGGGAGAUGGCCGGAGUUGGCGGAUCCAGUGAUAGGCAAUGCAUGUCAAGGUUACCAAGUAUGUAAAUGCAUUCAUGUCGCUCUCUUGUGUGUUCAGGAAUGUGCUUCUGAUAGGCCUACAAUGUCGGAGGUCAUCAAUAUGCUUGUCAAUGAGAACAGCGAGAAUGUAGAAGCUCCAGCAGCUCCUAAGCAUCCUGCUUUCUUUGCUACGAGAAUUAGAACGGAAGAUGAUGCUCCCUUGACGAAUAAUGAAAUAACUGCAUCAACCUUCAGUGGGCGUUGAGUUCAGUAUCAAGUUCUUAGUUGCAUGACAGAAGGUUGUGUUGAUCAAACCUUCAAAUGUUUGCUAGAAAACUUAAACAGGGUUCUCAAAUUCUUUCAAGAAUUUAGUUUGUCACAAUUAAUCAAGCAAUUUCUUUUUUUUUUCCAAAUACGACGAGCACAAGUUAGCCAGGGGUGUGCACAAGAGUCAAAAAUUAAUCAUUCAGCCCGUGCGUCCUCACUCGGCUAUGCAUUUAAAACCUUAUUGCAAAAUGAUUUCAGUUAAUCCUUGGAAAGCUUCCUUUCUUUGGGAUCCUUGGUGCUCUUGCAUUCCUAUUGCUUUAAUGCCGACAUUUAUUGACAUGUAGGCUAAUUUGGAUCACAUUACUAUGGUUGAUGUUAUUCAUAAUGACGACUGGGACUUCAAUAGUCAUAACGGCCUCCUGGGCAAUAUCCUCAAUUUGGAUCCCAAUAAUCUCAGUAAUAUUGAUCCUUCUUCCAGUAACCGCUGGGUUUGGUAUCCUUCACCUCCAAGCCUUAAGUUUUAUGCGGCUGUUUACCACAAGUUAAAUGAUAUUACUCCCAACAAUGCUUCUUGGUCUAGUUGGAAAAAAUUAUGGACACUCAAAUAGCCCCUCGUGUUAAGCAUUUCAUUUGGUUAAUAUUUAUAGGAAGACUUUGAACGAUCGAUCACUUAUUCAGAUUAAAUCUUGGUCCGGACAUCCCUUGUGCUCUUUGUGGGCUUCAUCAGUGAGCAUCUAUUUGUUUAUUGUCCUAAAAUUCAGACAGUUUGGCUUUUGAUUAGCAGAAAGGUUAAUCGGCACAUCUCUUUCCCAGAUAACUUUGCUUUUGGGUCUUGGCUUGCUACAAUCAUUCCCAAUUUGUUGUUUCUCUUAUUGCAGCAAGUGCUUGGUUAAUUGG